UUUCGACAGCAGUGCAGCUUUUACAUCCCUCUCUCUCUCCUAAGCAGAUUGCUUUGAGCCGCUGACAUUAUGACGCACCAGUAUCCCGCUCUCACCGCCGAGCAGAAGAAGGAGCUGCAGGACAUCGCUCAGCGUAUCGUCGCUCCAGGAAAGGGCAUCCUCGCCGCAGAUGAGUCCACAGGUAGCAUGGCCAAGCGCCUGAACCCAAUCGGAGUGGAGAACACAGAGGAGAACCGCCGUCUUUACCGUCAACUCCUUUUCUCUGCUGACGAGCGCAUUGACAAGUGCAUCGGUGGUGUUAUCUUCUUCCACGAGACCCUCUAUCAGAACACUGAUGACGGCACAAACUUCGCCCAACUGAUCAAGGACAGAGGCAUUGUUGUAGGAAUCAAGGUUGACAAAGGUGUCGUUCCUCUGGCUGGAACAAACGGAGAGACCACAACACAGGGGCUGGAUGGCCUGUCAGAACGAUGUGCCCAGUAUAAGAAAGACGGCGCAGACUUUGCCAAGUGGCGCUCUGUGCUGAAGAUCAGCGACACCACUCCUUCAGAGUUAGCCAUCAUGGAGAACGCUAAUGUCCUGGCCCGCUACGCCAGCAUCUGCCAGCAGAACGGCAUUGUGCCCAUUGUGGAGCCUGAGAUUUUACCUGACGGUGAGCACGACUUGAAGCGCUGCCAGUAUGUUACAGAAAAGGUUCUUGCUGCCUGCUACAAGGCCCUGUCUGACCAUCAUGUGUAUUUGGAGGGAACUCUUCUGAAACCCAACAUGGUGACAGCGGGACACUCCUGCCCCACCAAAUACUCCAGUGAGGAGAUCGCUAUGGCAACAGUGACAGCCCUGCGCCGCACCGUUCCUCCCGCAGUAUCAGGAGUGACUUUCCUCUCUGGAGGUCAGAGCGAGGAGGAGGCGUCUGUCAACCUGAACUCCAUCAACAAUUGCCCUCUGGCAAAACCCUGGCCCCUCACCUUCUCCUAUGGACGUGCCUUGCAGGCCUCAGCUCUGAGCGCGUGGCGUGGAGCCAAGAGCAAUGAGAAGGCUGCAACUGAGGAGUUCAUCAAGCGCGCUGAGGCUAACGGAUUGGCUGCUCAGGGCAAGUACGUCUCCAGUGGAACCUGCGGAGCAGCAGGACAGUCGCUUUACGUGGCCAAUCACGCCUACUGAACAUCCUGCGUCCCAGCGUUCAGCUCUCCGCCAGCCAAUAGUAUAGUGCACAGCCGCUACCCCUCCUGUCACCGACCAAUCACAGGCCUGCGCUGUCUUCUGUACUUUACGGUUGCCGUUGCAAAUGUCUCAUAAUAUAUCUAUUUAAAUAUAUAUUAAACUGAAAAAAAGAAAAGGUACGCAAAAGAUUAUUUUUAUUUUCAGAAACUUCUAGGCAUGACUUCAUGCGGUAAACAAGGAAACAGUAUUUUUUCGUGGCUCAUUAGCUGGAUGUACAUGUAUAUGUCAGUCGUUUGGGUUUUAUAUGAUUGCAUUCCAGUUCCGGCACCAGUCGACUUCUCACAUUCCUUUUAGUGCAGUUUGGAUUCAUAAUGAUGUGUGGAGGAUGUGAACACAGAUCAGUGUACGCCAGCCAGCAGGACCAGUUUGUCAAAUUGGGAGUAAAAGCAGAGUAAUAUAUAUGUAACUGAGUGAUUAACUACAGCAGACUCUGAGGAGGAAUAUUAUUUUGUGUUGUGUUCACAUAUGAUAUUAAACCAUUGUCUGGGCUGCGUGAUUUAUCGUUUAUGAAGUUUAACAUGAAAUACGUAAUAUAUUAGUUUGGAAAUUGGAGCGUUAUCUUGAAAUCGUGCUCUGUGUUGUGUGCUUGAGUGUGUCCAGCUCUUCUUCCUCUCCUCUCUGUGUUUGUGACACAGUGCUACAUCAGUAAUAAUCACUUCUAUUGGUUGCGAGCGGCGGAGCGGACCAAACUGUGGAGCUUGUGGGGGAGGAGAGCGCUCACUUCUCUGUCGACAAAACGUGAUGUUGUGAUUUGAUGUUGUUCCCUAAGCACUUUGUGUGUCAGAUAGUUUUAAAAAUCCAAUAAAAUUACUGUAAAACCCUA